AUCUACCGAUCGUAGCUUGAUAACACCAAAUCAUGUACAAAAUUAAUACGGCACCCAGCAAGAUCGCUGCUAAAACGCGUGGCGGUCUGGCUCAUAGUCUCGAUAAAUUCGACGGGAUCAAGGAGAGCAGCAAGAAGAACGGGAGUAUCGAUCUAAAUACGACCACGGAGCACAACAAUAUCCCACGUCCAGUAUUUAAAAAGCGUAUCUCGAAACGUACUAAACCAAGCAAGAAAAACGAGAAUGGAGUGAUAUCAUCGCAGAAUGAGGAACUCGUAAACUAUAUAAAUGACUCAUGGAACAUGUUAGUGGGACCAAAUCCCACUGAUGCGACCACAACAGCCGACCAGGCAAUUGGUUCUGAGGAAAGCACAUUGGCCAAUACACUGGCUGCCACCUCUUCAUUGGCGACUGUUUGGAUAGAGCCCCCUAGCCCAGACUUGGAAGACUUUAAGCCCUUCGAUCUGGAAUCCUGGUGGAGUCGCCGCUUGUUCGAAAACAUUACCAAAGACCUAUAAGAGACCUCCAAGACUAUCUUAAGUUGAAGUUAAGUUAAGUUGUACGAGUAUGUCAGAUAAUAACAGCAAUAAGUAAACUGAAUG